UGCGCGCGCCGCACAUCUGCUCAGAAAAAUAGGAGGCGCGAGGUUUAGUCAAAGUUAUGGUUGUUGUUUUGUUCCGUAUCGUUGUUUAGAUUUUCAGGUGUUGCUGAACCUUACAGCAUUUACAAAAGAGAAACGUUUAAUCCAGAGGCUGGAUCAGGCCAGGCAUGAGCAGAGCACACCUGGACGAGUGGCAGAGGAGGUCCUUUGACAUUUCGUCUGGCUCUUGUACACCUGAACAGACGGCCGAUGCUUAUCGGGCACACAUCCUGUCCAUUCAGUAUGCAUGGGCGAGUGCUGAGCUCUCUCCGGCUGGAGCUGCCAGCCUGCUCAGGACCUACUCAGAGAGGUACGCCUCAGCCCUGGACUCAGACGACCCACGCACCGGGCUAAACAACUAUGCAGAGAGUGCCCUGCACUUGGCCCGCAAUCAAAAGAACUAUAGCGACAAAUGGGUGUCAUCCCUAACGUCCGAGAAUGUGUUCAAUCUGCCGUGCGUGCAAAGGAUGAUGCAGGCUGGGUCAAAAGAAGGCGCUCUCUUAGUAGAUCCGGCAGAUGUUAACAUCACUGUUGGUGGUGAGGUCAGUGAGGGUGGGGAGAAAGGCAGCGCUCUCUCUGGUCCUCCUGGUUUUAGACGAGAGCCUCUGGCUCACUUGCCCUCCGCGCCUCCACCCAGAGCUGAUAUGGGAAAGGGGAUCAGUAACCCACUUAGUGGUGCUACGGAGAUGGCCAGAGGACUUGAAGGAGCCCUUCCGCGUUUGACCCUGGCACAAAAUGCUCCAAAAGCUCCAAUGGGAUCGCCUAUGUUUGGCCAAAACUAUUUCAAUUCCACAGGCAAUGCUAGUGUGACUCAAUCUAGUAUGGGUUGCACAAGUGGCUCCAAUGUGCACAAUCAGCCAGUGUUCUUUUCUUCCACAAACCCAUCCAAGAGGAAGAACUUCUACAGCUCAGGAAGUGAAAGCAACAGAAGUUCAUUCCCAUCACAAGGCGAGCAGGAACCGCGAGGGAGGGGACGGAGAGGAGAAGAGGGUGUCAGCACUAAUUUUAGAUCAGCACGAGAACAGUUCAUAGUUGACCAGCAAAAAAAACAUUCCCAUCAGGGCCAGCGAGGCUCUGGGGCCAACUUUGCUACAAUCUCCAAGAAAUGCCUGGGGGCACAACGGCCUCGCGGGGCAACCUCCAAAUUCGUCUCUCCCAUGCCAAGACAAGAGGAAGAGAGUUACUCGAAGGACAACAAACCACAAGACACGGAACCUGUUGACGAGCGUUUAAAGAACUUUGAGCCCAAGAUCAUUGAACUUAUCAUGAGUGAGAUCAUGGACCACGGCCCCCCUGUAGCUUGGGAUGAUAUCGCCGGCCUGGAGUUUGCCAAAGCCACAAUCAAAGAGAUUGUAGUGUGGCCAAUGUUGAGGCCUGAUAUCUUCACCGGUCUUAGAGGUCCACCUAAAGGCAUCCUUCUCUUUGGUCCUCCAGGCACCGGUAAAACUCUAAUCGGGAAGUGUAUAGCGUGCCAAUCCGGAGCCACUUUCUUCAGCAUCAGCGCCUCGUCGCUCACUUCAAAGUGGGUCGGGGAGGGCGAGAAGAUGGUACGGGCGCUUUUUGCCAUCGCUCGGUGCCACCAACCUGCAGUCAUCUUCAUCGAUGAGAUCGAUUCCCUUCUUUCUCAGCGCACAGACGGAGAGCACGACUCAUCCCGUCGAAUUAAAACAGAGUUUCUCGUCCAGUUGGAUGGAGCUGCCACCUCAGCAGAAGAUCGCAUCCUUGUGGUUGGUGCCACCAACCGGCCUCAAGAGAUUGACGAAGCAGCCCGCCGUCGCCUAUCCAAGCGACUCUACAUCCCUCUCCCGGAGGCUGAGGCUCGACGGAAGAUAGUGAUCAACCUCAUGUCCCGUGAGAAAAGUCAGCUAACGGCAGAUGAGAUGGAGAAAGUGAUGCAGGGAACAGAGGGGUAUUCGGGGGCGGAUAUGACGCAGCUGUGUCGCGAAGCAGCCCUUGGCCCCAUCCGAAGCAUUUGCCUUAGUGAUAUAACGACCAUCACAGAAGAACAGGUUCGGCCAAUACUCUACGGUGACUUCCAGGAGGCUCUCAAAACAGUGCGGCCCAGUGUCUCUUCUAAAGAUCUGGAGCUAUAUGAAGAGUGGAACAAGACUUUUGGCUGUGGUCGCUGAGCGCGAGUGUUGUGAUUAUACUAACUGAGUUUUAUGUUAGUAUGAGUAUGUUAGUAUGGUGUUGGGUUCAUUUAUUGAAAUAAAUGGUUGAUUUGUCUUGA